AUGGGUUUCCAGUAUGAGCUAGAUGGCUCGGUCGAGACACACGACCCUAGCCUCCCUUCAACCACAGCAUGUCCAUACCUACCUGGUCAAACUGUCAAUACUUUAAUCGUUCCUGUCGAGCAGGCUCUCAGGCAGCGAAGUGCUUCUCUCACCUCUAUGCGUGCCACCGAUCUCAAGACCAUGAAUCCCGAAUCCAAGUACAUCGCACCUCGACCUGCACCUUCAGUACCAGCCAGCCACAUUCCCUACCGGGUUGGCUCAUCUCCAUCACUAAAUCAUAAGUCUUCGUCCCGAUCAUUAUCACCUGCCCCGGCGGCAUGGAAGCGCUUGUUUGGUCGAAAGGUGAACUCUGAGGGCGAGCGUGGGCGAUCUCCCAUCCGCAACGACUUGUCUGGUCCCGCCGAGGAUAUCGACGAACGUUGCACGACGCCAUCAGAGGGCACUCGAACAAGAGAUAUCUCACCUGAAUCUCUUCGACGCUUCUUAUCGGAUGAUCUUCCUCCUCGCCCUGGUUCUAACCUCAGUGAAAGACCGUCUCUAGUCAUCCCUGAAGAUGUUGUAGAGGAUAACGAGAACGAUGACGACGAUAACUUCGCUACUUCAGCAGCAUCUGAUGGACAGCCCUACGUCACUCUCAGGAGUGAUGCCGCUCAUUCAAGCAUGCUGCCUCUGAUCCCUUCAAAACCAUCUAGGAAGGACUUAUUAGAGGUCAGCGGUGUGCCUGCAUCGGCUGUGCUUCCUUCGCGACCUAGGCUGGAGACUCUUCGGGCUCCUAACCCUCGAAUCAACCCUGCCACGAGCUUCUUCUUGUCGCCGGCCACGCCAAACUUUCCUGAAGAUGAAGGAAACAACUUCUUUGAUCUUACCGAUGAUGAGGACGACGUUGUAUCAAGCAGCAACAGUGACAUCCUCGCAUUUCAGCCUGUUCCUGGCAUGGCCCCUACUACCGACUCCUUCGAGUGCUACAGUCUCCCGGAGUCUCGGGAACAAGGACGGAAAAUUGUCGAGUCCCAAUCGGCCUACGCCAAGGUUAACUCUACAUCGCUUCUUUCUCGCGGUGACAGCGGAAACUUCCUCGGUGCGCCUAUCGAUACCGGCCUGGACGACUUUGCGGCCGAGCUGGGCUGGAUGGUUGACGUUAUUGGCUCCAAGGCCAACUAG